GGCGGUGGCGGAACAGAGGGCGGGCGAGCGUGCGGCCGCUGCGCCGCCAACUCGUGUGGGACCCACCGCUCCAGCCCGCCGCCCGCGGUCCGCGCGCGGGUCCUCCCGCUGGCAGCCGAACCCUUCGCGCGCCGCCCGUGCCCUCGUGAGGCUGGCAUGCAGGAUGGCAGGACAGCCCAGCCCCAUGUCCCACGGAGGGAGCCCGAACAACCUCUGCCACACCCCGGGGCCCGCACAUCCUCCUGACCCACAGAAGCACCUGAACGCCCUGUCUUUUCGCUGCUCACUGGCAGACUUCCAGAUCGAGAAGAAGAUCGGCCGAGGGCAGUUCAGCGAGGUAUACAAGGCCACCUGCCUGCUGGACAGGAGGACGGUGGCUCUGAAGAAGGUGCAGAUAUUCGAGAUGAUGGAUGCCAAGGCCAGGCAGGACUGCGUCAAGGAGAUCGGCCUCCUGAAGCAACUGAACCAUCCGAACAUCAUCAAGUACUUGGACUCGUUUAUUGAGGACAACGAGCUGAACAUCGUGCUGGAGCUGGCUGAUGCGGGCGACCUCUCACAGAUGAUCAAGUACUUCAAGAAGCAGCAGCGGCUGAUCCCCGAGAGGACGGUGUGGAAGUACUUCGUGCAGCUGUGCAGCGCCGUGGAGCACAUGCACUCCCGUCGGGUGAUGCACCGAGACAUCAAGCCCGCCAACGUGUUCAUCACGGCCACGGGCAUCGUGAAGCUCGGUGACCUCGGCCUGGGCCGCUUCUUCAGCUCCGAGACGACCGCGGCCCACUCCCUGGUGGGGACGCCGUACUACAUGUCACCGGAGAGGAUCCACGAGAACGGCUACAACUUCAAGUCCGACAUCUGGUCUCUGGGGUGUUUGCUGUACGAGAUGGCAGCUCUCCAGAGCCCCUUCUAUGGAGAUAAAAUGAACCUCUUCUCCCUCUGCCAGAAGAUCGAGCAGUGUGACUACCCACCUCUCCCCGGGGAACAUUACUCUGAGAAGCUACGGGAGCUGGUCAGUGCGUGCAUCUACCCUGACCCCAACCAGAGACCCGACAUCGGAUACGUGCACCAGGUUGCCAAGCAGAUGCACGUGUGGACCUCAAGCACCUGAGCGCAGGCGCGGCGGCAUCGUCAUCAGCGCCAGCACCUUUCUGCCUUACUCGAGCCUCCUCUCCAAAGUGGCCACCUGGUAGCCUAGCGCAACCCUGAGGCUUCGGUGGGGUUGGUUCCCCAAGGUGGCCGGGCCUCACAGCCACUGCUGGACCAGAGCAGCUGGGGGGAGGGGCCCUGGUCUUGUUACUGGCGAUCAAAUCCAAGUCCUUUCUUUAAACUGUCGUGGACAGUCUCCGCUGGGCUAACCCAGGUGUGUGGCUCAGUGGGCCGGGGACACACCCUCGCAUCUGGGCUGUAAUGUGAAUCUUUAGGGUAGCUCCUUCAGUGACCGGACGAGGCCGACUCUGACAACCCCAGAAGACAGUUGCAGUGAAACCUUGGAAGUGGCUGGUAACACGUUUGGUUUAGCUCUUAGAAUCUUUUCAAUCGAGCUGUGUACUUAAUUUACUCUGUAGUAAAGGGAUAAAGUGGGCGUGAUUUUCUAAAGUAGAGUGGAGAUUUUCCUAAUAUUUUUAUCUGUGUUUAUAAGUUGAUGAAUGAGGACGAGGAGGACCCAGCACCUGGCACAGUGCUUCAGAGACCAACGGUGUUUGAAAGGCACAUGCCCGACCCUCUCAGGCACUCCAUCCCCGCCCGAUGCUGGCAGCUCGUUUAGGGUCAGUGUUAACAUCUUCCUCUGUGGAGAGGAAGCAUGGCAUCCAAAAAGAUAGGUACAAAACAUGCCUUCAGGCUGUUCUCUGUACCAGUUCUCCUUCUGAAACUUCCCACCAUGACCCUGGGCAAGUCUCUUAGCCGCUCUGAGCCUUGGUUUUCUCACCUGUAAAAUGGACUGGUGAUUCCUACCUUCAGGGUGCUGAAUUUGAUAAGAAACAGCACAUUGUCUAGCACGUUGUCGAUAGUCCAAACACGGUAAAGCCACCCACCCCUUCACAAAACUCAACUUCCAUGGACCAUGGAGAGUCAAGAAUUAAUGUGUGAUGUGUUGGAAACCAGAAAUGUGGCCCUUUAUUUGUGGUUCCCAAAUAGGGUUAACUGUGAAGAUUAAUUUAUAAAUGUGAACUUAAGGAAAACUCAAGCUCUGAAGGAAAUAGUUUGAAUUUUGUCUGUAUACCCAAGUUAAUCCUCAAAUGGUCUACGCCGCCGUCCUCUCCCCUGGUGGCAGUUCAGCCCUCCAGGCAGAGCACGGCCGCCCCGCACUGCAGUCCUGGCCCGGCCGCCACUCUGCCCCAUGUGUGAACUCGGUUCUGUUGUUAACACUGUCGAGUUUGAGAGAUUUCUUCAGAUGCAGCCUUCGCUUUGUGCACGUUCUCCGUGUUUAAAAUAAAGAGGGUGGGGGUA